CCAUGAGGUUGCAGUAAAAUAGGGUUCGCUUUAUGUUCAUCUAUAUAGUAUACAAGCGCUUUUUUCAUCUGAACGAUUAACGUUCAAAACAUUAUAGUAACUAAAGAUCGAAGAACAAAAGGAAAAUACUUAUCACGAUAAUACGCUGUAAUCUCUCGCGAGUGUCAGCGACCUGUGAAUCAACUCCGGAUUUUCUUUGCACACACUCUUGUACCUCCUCGCUGCAACACGCACGAGACACAUUGUUGUUCCCGAGUAUCGAACGUGCAGGCUGUCUAAGGCAAAAAAGAAAAAAUGUGUUAACACGGAGCAUGUUCGGGAGCUUGUAGUUUUCGUUCCAGUAUAAUUCGUUAGGAACAGAUAGUCCAAUUGUAAAUUUAAAUCGUAAAAAAUGGGUGGAAGACGUCGAAAUCGUCAACCAGAUGCAAGUGUACGCGACGCUAGUGAAGAUUCCUCGGAAUCCGGAGACAAAACGAAUUCAGGAGACAAUUGUCCUGCCCGAGGGAAAGAACUUUGUCCACACAUCAAAUUAGCUGUGAGGAAAUCUAAAGUUUUACUGAACAACAAGAAAUCCAUUCUCCAAAUAGAAUGCGAGGACUGCAAGAAGCUCGGCUGCGACAAUUUGCCAACCGAUGACGAAGAGUUGUCACCAAUGCCGCUUUGGAUGUGUUUAUACUGUGGUCAUCAAGCAUGCGGCAGAGGUCAAAAACUUCAUGCAAUGGAACACUACAAAUCUGCCAGGGAUGGACACCACAGUGUAGUAGUGAAUACCCAAAAAUGGAACGUCUGGUGCUAUCCAUGUGACACAGAAAUUACUGGCCCUCAUAGUCGGAAAAUACGUGGCUUUCUAGAUGUACUAAAAAAAUUUAAUCCAACCUCGUUGACCGCCACUGUUAGUGAAAACUCAAAAGAAACAGGUACCCUGUUAUCACCGUUGUCUCAAAGAGCUAUACCAUUGCCGUUCAUACAGACGAACCUAGACAACGAAAAUGUAGACAAAUCAAACUUACCUCUCAAUGGUUUGACCAAAGUAGUGGGUUUGUCCAAUUUAGGUAAUACUUGUUUCUUCAACGCAGUACUCCAGUGUCUUGCUCAAACACCAUUCCUCGUUAAAGUACUCGAGGAUCUGCAGGAACCAGGGGAAAAAUUCACUCUACCAGGCGGAAAGUGCAAAGUUUCCGAAGAUUCUGAAGAGAUAGAACUGCCACCAAUUGAGGGAACCCUCCAGGGCUGGGGUCCAUUCACAUCGAUACUCUGUAAAACACUUAAGGCAAUGCAAAGCAUGAAAACUCGUCAAGUUUACGUGCCCAACGAGCUUCUAGCGAGUUUUAGGAAAAAAACUAUACAAUGUAUGGAUGGUGGUCAGCACGAUUCUCAUGAGUUGCUCAGGCACUUAUUGGAAAUUGUUCGAAACGAAGAUCUUAGGAGGUAUCAAUCGGUAAUUUUGAAAGAAAUUGGCAUAGGAGUUUCUAUCAAAGCAAAUUGUGCCAAUGAUUCAGACAAGGCUCAAGUUAAGUUUUAUGGAAGACAAGCAGGUUCGAGACUACUCGGAUCUGAACCAGUUUUCCGGGGUGUUCUCGUCUCUACACUUAAGUGUCUCGAGUGUUUUCACUCGUCGCAGCGCACCGAAGCUUUCUUGGAUCUCAGUUUACCGGUCAUGUCUGAAAAACCUCAAUCACCGGUUGUCAAAAGAAAGCACAAAGGUUUCGACGAAUCGUUCGAUUCCAUGGGUAAUACCAUAUCAAGUGUAUCUCCGAUGAAAGAUCAAUUUCGAAAAGAAGAGAAGCGUCCUGAACUAACGAAGAAACAAAUGAAAUUACGAAUGAAGGAUCGAGGAAAUAAUCACUGGGGCUAUAAAUCAAACGCGAAUAAAAUAUCUGAAGAAAAACAAUCUAGUACGCUGGAGUCUGAAGGCGAUGCUGAUGUCGAAGAUAAUGUAUCGGCACUGGAAGUCAUUGAAUCCGGUUACAGUUCUGAAAAAGCAUCAGCUCUUACGAGUCCAGCUUCGCCGGGUGACGACGAUUUAUCGAAAAGUUCUUUCAGCCAAUCGGAUGCAAAUGUGACAUUGUCGAAUGGAAAUUUACCUUCAAGUCCUAUUGACUCUUUUCCGGAACCUAUGACACCCAGUUACGACGAUAAUUGCAUGAAUCAAGAAUUUAACGGACUUAAUCGUACAGACAUCUCAUUGAAUCUCAAUCAGGAUGUUUUUCCUCCGUCAACCUCAAAUUGGGCAGAUAGUCCAAUAACCGAGGCAACCAACGAGAUCGGUGAUUACGCCGGUGUUUCACCUUCUACGUCAUUGAUUGUCAACUCGGAAUUGAGUCCUGAGGGAGCAACGAUAAGUUCUAUAAGCAGUCCCAUCACCUCUAAAGACAGUCCUACGCCUCCACCAACUGGAGCCAGUCGUGAAAAAAUCGAUGGAUUAUACGAUCUUUUCAGAAAUGCAAUAGACGACACUGUACCAACAGUUUUAAACGAGAGUGAAUCACUUAACGAUACGUUAUCCAGAAAAUUAGAGAUGACUGAAGUGCAUACCCCGGAGAAUCAAAUGCCUGACAAUCAGGAAGGGGAGUCGACAACGAGUCUCAUUGAACAACCGGAAAUCAAGUCAGAAAACGGUGUGACCGAAAUCACAGAAGGACUAGCGAAAGUUGGAGUUUCAACCCAUAGUCAUUCUCAUGGUUAUAAUCUUAAGAGCGGAGACUGUUCGAUACAAUCGUGUCUCAAUCAAUUCACGGCGGUCGAACUACUAAGCGGUAGUAACAAAGUAUGCUGCGAGGCUUGUACUGCUCGCGAAAAUAAGGGCAAGGAAGGUCCGCCGAAGAUGGUUUGCACAUCAAGUUCUAAACAGUAUUUGAUAUCGCAAGUCCCAGCCAUUCUUAUUCUUCAUCUCAAGAGGUUCCAAUCGCUGCGAAUGAGUUUCCGUAAAGUACCGAAACACGUGAAAUUCCCAUUGUUGUUGGAUCUUGCACCAGUCUGCACAGAAAGUGAAAGACGGAAAGUUUAUUCGCUUUAUGGAAUAGUCGAACACAGUGGAACUCUUCAUGGUGGUCAUUACGUGGCCUACGUUAAGACGAGAGCGCCUCUCACACCGGACGACCCUAGAUGGGCAUUUUUGCCAUCCAAAGACAGCACGGAAUCAGCAGAAAAUUCGAACGUCGAAGCCUCCGAGUCCGAAACCGAAGAGACAAAAGCGAAUAGUGAAGUACAACCUCCCCCUGGUCACUGGUAUCACAUUUCCGACUCUAGAGUGGUGGAGGUUGAUGAAGCGACUGUACUGCGAACUCAGGCUUAUAUGCUGUUCUACGAGAGAAUACUUUGAGGCUGGACAUGAGUCAAAUGAUGAAUAUAUAUAUACAAAAAUAUAUAUAUAUAUAUAUGUAUGGAUAUGUAUAUUUUUCCUUUUAAAAUGAGGGGAGGGAAAUCUUGGAUGAAACGUGUAAAAUCGUCAUCGUGAGAUGAAUAUAAAUCAUGAAGCAACAUAUUCCUGGAGUGUACAUCGAAAAUUUCCCUUGACCUUUGAAUAACUAAAUUCUUGGUACUGCGAUUAUUCAUGAAACGAAAUUUAUGCGUAUAUAUAUAUAUACAUGCACACACAUAUUUAUAUGUAUAUUCGUGAUUGUACCGUAAUAUUCUCCAGAAUAAGGGGGCGCUGAUCCAGUUUUGCUCACAAAAUACCGAUUGAGAUUACUCAUAAGAAUAAAAAUGAUAACCAAAUAGCAAAGAAGAAAAAAAGUGACGUACCUGCGCAUUGCUUCGUGGCCUCAAACGAACCAGUGCAUUUUGUUCAUCAAAUUACGUGUUAACUAUGAUCAUCAAGAAUCACUCGCUUACCUUUUUUCGACAGUUUUAAGAUAAGAACUUUACCAUCUAUAAAAUGGAUCAUUGUCGUGAAAAUAAUUGAACGUCGAGGGGUUUUCGGUCUAAGUGUAAUAUUUCCCUGCGAAGAGUACUCUGAUUUUUUUAACGAAUUUGUUCUCUUAUUGAAUUUAUAUAAUCAAUUUUUUAAUUAAAAUAAAUGCCAAACUCCUCGA